UGGAGCGAGAUCCUAUUAUGGCGCCCCCCUUGGUUGCCCCUAAUUUAUACCCUUUAAUUUUCUUUACCACUGAGGCGCCCCUUGGACUUAGCGCGUGGAGUGGCUACUCUGUUCGCCUUAUGGUAGGGCCAGCUCUGCCUGCCAGCGUGUGGCCGAGUUAUCCGGACUGCCGGUUAUCGAGUGCCGAGUUUUCAAGACUCUACUGUAUUUAUAUUAAAGUGCAAGAAAUGAAUUUAAUUGCCUUUCUUAUUGAACAAUUUUAUAAAACAAGUAGAUGAAAAAGAUGUAUAAGAUCUAGUAAGAAAAAUAACAAAACUAAAAGUGAUAACAUGUGAUAUUUUUAUGUAAAUUGAUUGAUAAUGAAAGAAAAUUUGAAGCCUAAUUUGAUUUAAAUGUAAUUUUAAAUAUUUUAUAUAUUUAUUUUUAGCCUUGUACAACAACUUCCUAUGGCCAAUUUUAAUCUUCUACAACAUCUUCUCUGUGUUCUUUGGCAUAUUGCACAACAUGCUUCAGAAAACAAAAUGUCAGCAGCCAAUCUUGCAGUGUGCAUUGGUCCAAGUCUUCUUUCUCCUUUACUUUCUCCUGUUCAUAAUUCAUCAAGUAUCCAUCAGCAGGAAAUAACAAAGAAAGUCCCAAAAUUAGUUACAUAUUUGAUUGAAAAUUGUUCGGAUAUAUUUGGUCAAGACUGUUUACAUUUGUUUGGGGAAAUGCCAGAGAGGGAUCAUUCAAGACAAGAUUCUGGUGCUGAAGAAUCAGAUAGUUUUCACAGUUUACAGGACAUGGGUGGAAAUUAUCGAAGAGAUGAUUCCUCUAUAGAUAGUCUGGAGAGAGACUAUUUAGAUGAUGGUGACCAUAGUCCUAAACUACCAAGUGAAGCAAAGAUGUCAUUAACAAAUCUGAGCCGAGAUUCAGGUUUGACAUUAAGUGAUACACAAUUGUACACACCAGAAGAGGAACUAGAAAAUGAUUUAUCUCCAAGUAGUGACGUACUUAGGAUUAAAGGAACUAUUUCUUCUUUUGCAAAAAGUACUCCACAUCUCGAAAUGACAGGUAUUGAUAAUGGAUGUGGAAAUAUUUAUACCAGACCUAGUGGUGGUGUAAGUAUUGAUGGGUCAUGUCUCGAUGUAGUCCGAAAAAGAAAAGGGAUGGAGUACCGUCCAAAAAAUGGUGUGGGAAGUCCAUAUUCUGCAGUGAAAUUUAGAAAUCAUUGUAACGAUAUAAAUACGCAUUCAUCGUUAAUUCCUUCUCAUUCGUAUUGCUAUGGUGUAGAAAAUGAAAAAUUCCAUUACAAUCAUCAAGAGCUUAAUAAUUCUGGUAAUAAUAAUGUAAAACAUAGAAAAAUGAGAGGAAGAGCACUUUGCAGGCAGCCAGUAAUUUCUGAUAUUGAUGCUCCAAAACUUAUGCCACCUCUUCGAAGAAGUGCGUCGGAAGAAAGUUUACAUCAAAUUAGCAUUCCUCAAGAAACAUCCAGGCAGCAUGUUAUGCAUAGGAAACGUCGUGCUCCUUCUCCACCAUCUUGUCAAAGGGUAUCAGCACUUUCCUCAAGUGCCCCAGAUUGUCUUCAUCGAGAUCGACAUGCUGUUUGGUUUGCCAAUCAAAAUCGAUGCGUUGAUUGGAAACGUAGUCAAUCGACUUCUAAGAUUGAUGAAAUUGAUUUUUCUCAUAACAAUAGUAGUUUAUCUAUUGUGUCAAAUGGUAGUAGUACUCCUCAUGUAUCACGUAGUAAUUCACGCGUUCAAGAAUUAGGAGCACAAUCUCAUGGAGAUAUUUAUGGUUUAUAUCAGACUCCAAAUCGUGUAAGCAGUGUUUGUUCUUCGUCGUCGGAAACAAGUCAAAGAUCCCAUCAUUCUCAUAUUUCGUAUGGUUCAAACAGAUCGAAAAGAUCAUGCACUUCUCAAAAUUCAAGUUGUUCUCAGGGAUCAUCAUCAAGAAUAACACCAGGAUUAUCGGACACCGGUAAACCAAUUGAACCACCUAGCUAUCAAGAAACUAUUAACAGACAAACUUUACUACGAGGCAUGCAAAAUUCAAAUGCUUUAUCAACCGAGGAGAUAAGAGAUGAUCAAACGGUUAUGAGUUCAAAGGCUCGUCAGUUAUAUGAAAAUUCCGUUCGUAUGUAUAGUCAAACCUCAAAUACAACUGUGGAAACGCAUCAUGCGGUUCCAGUGACUGUUUUAAAUAAUGACGAAAGAGUUUCUAUUGUACCUCCAGUGCCUCCAAAACCCCACGUUCCAUUACAUAGCAGUAAUAGUGAUAGCCCUGUUCAUCGUUUACGGCAUCAUCCACCUGUUCACGUGAGUGACUCUCAGAUUGUUAGACAAUCGAAUUAUCAGGGGCCAAAGGUAAUGAAUAUGUUAGCUUACAGACAAGGCGAUAGGGAUCAUCUUCCCGAAGACUGGAGAAAAGAAAUAAAUUGGAGUGUUGCACAGUUGAGAACAUUAUUUACUCCUGAUCAACAUUCUCAGCAUCCUUCUUCCAUAGCUAAUUCCAGACAGCAUUCACCUCUUUAUCCUUUAUCGCCAAGAGAUAAAAGGACUGGAAGAAAUGCCAAUAACUCUCUUCCAAAAGGAGAUUCUUGCCACAGAAACGAAUCCUUAAUAACCGGAGAAGAAUCAUUUGUUUAGUUUUAAUAAACCUGUAAUAUAAUGUGGCGAAUUGUAUAUAAAUUAUUUGGUUAAAGUAUGGUUUGAAUCAUCAACCAUAUAAUCAAUUUUAACUCAGGUUAAUAUAGUACCUAAUGCUUAAAAAUUAUUAUUAGAUCAGUUAAUCGAAGCUAUGUUAAAAUCUGCAACAUUAAUAUUGUUGAAAAGUAGAAUAGUGAAAGUUGUGUAACUUUUUUAAUUGCUUGAUUCCUAAAUACGGAAAUGUAUGCUUUUUUUUGUUAUCAAAACAUCAAAUUCUAAAAAUUUUAAUGAUAGGAUCAUUCUUAUAUGUAUUUUAUUCUCUAUUACAUUAUAUAGAGGAUCAAAAUUGAUUGAACUAAAGAAAAACUUUCAAACAAUACAAAUCAGUCCGAUUUUCAUACAAAUUACAGUUAAUCGAUAUGGGAUAGUACAAUAUUAUGCUUCAGUCUGUGAUAUGCCAUAUAAUUUCUCAGGUGCCAAUGUUGUUAAAUGCAUGCCACAUUAUUUUAAUUGUAAAGCUUUAUCAUCCACUUUGUAAUUAUUCCCGAGUUUCAUAAAUGUAUAAACAUCCAAGUAAUCAAUGUAUAAAAUACUUUCGAAAUUCCGAAUGCUUUAACGAAAAGAUAUUUAAUCAGUUAUUGCUACUUAAUGACAUGGUGCGCCAUGUUGAGACUAUAUGAAUAAUUACCAAAUUAGCUUAUUUGUAUAAUAUGUGUGUAAUUAUACAUUUCGUCUUCCUGCAUUCAUAGUAAUUCUAUGCCAUUGUCAAGCUCAUUUUGUGCGUUGUUAACUAACAGUUAUGUAAAGUUUUAUUAUUUUUUUACAAAGUAAAUGUUAUUAAUAAACAAGA